CGAGCGCGUGCGCAGUUCCUCGCCGCCCAACUCUUCAAGGGGUCCCUGCAUUUAGAUCCCGGGCGGCUGCCGUGGGCCGCGUGCGGAGGGGUCCGCCCGGGUCGUCCACCAUGCUUUGGGGGCUGCGCCCUCGCGGGUCCGGGGCGGCGGCGCUCGGCGCGGCUGGGAGCUUAUGGGGGCCCGCCCGUUUCCCCAGCCGCCUGGGGUGUCUGGGGGUGACGAGGAGGCUCGUGGUCCGCUCAGUGGCCGGGGCGGACAGCUCGCCGAGCAGCGCGAAAAGCGGCCGAUACCGUGACACUGUGCUGCUGCCGCAGACCGGCUUCCCGAUGAAGCUGCUGGGCCGCCAGCAGUCCGACAUGGAGCUGGAGAUCCAGCAGAAAUGUGGCUUUUCAGAGCUUUAUUCCUGGCAAAGAGAAAGAAAAGUAAAGACGGAAUUUUGCCUUCAUGAUGGGCCUCCCUAUGCAAACGGUGACCCGCAUGUUGGACAUGCCCUAAACAAGAUUUUGAAAGACAUUGUCAAUCGAUUCCAUAUGAUGAGAGGUUCCAAGGUACACUUUGUGCCUGGCUGGGAUUGCCAUGGCUUGCCCAUUGAAACGAAAGUGUUAUCCGAGCCUGGUGUAAACUCGAAGACUCUUUCAGCCAUGGAGAUCAGGGAGAAAGCCAGAGCAUUUGCUCAAGCAGCCAUUGAAAAGCAGAAAUCGGCCUUUGCCCGCUGGGGAGUGAUGGCAGAUUGGAAUAACUGCUAUUACACGUUUGAUCCAAAGUACGAAGCCAAGCAGCUGCGAGUAUUCUACCAAAUGUAUGAAAAGGGCUUGGUUUAUCGAUCUUACAAACCAGUGUAUUGGUCUCCCUCAUCAGGGACUGCGUUGGCUGAAGCCGAACUUGAGUACAACCCCGAGCACGUUAGUCGGUCGAUCUACGUAAGAUUCCCUCUCUUGAAACCUCCUCCUAAGUUGGAAUCUCUUACAGAUGCCUCAUCUUCUGUUAGUGUUUUAGUCUGGACCACCCAGCCUUGGACAAUUCCUGCCAAUCAGGCUAUUUGCUAUAUGCCAGAGGCAAAGUAUGCUGUUGUGAAGUGCUCUGCUUCUGGGCACAUCUACAUCCUGGCUGAAGAUAAAAUGCCACCUGUUGCUUCUGCCUUGGAAACAACAUUUGAUGUUAUUGCAACAUUUUCAGGUGUGGAUCUGGAAGGUGGCACUUGUAGUCACCCUUUAAUUCCCGAUAAAGUGUCUCCUCUUUUACCUGCUACUCACGUGACUAUGACCAAAGGAACAGGGUUGGUUCACACAGCCCCGGCUCACGGUAUGGAAGAUUACAGCGUAGCAUCUCAGCACAACCUCCCUAUGGACUGUUUAGUGGAUGAAGGCGGAAUGUUCACCGAGGCUGCGGGCCCUGAACUUCAGAACAAGGCUGUACUUAAAGAAGGGACAGAUGUAGUUAUAAAGAUGCUUCAAGCUACCAAGAAUGUAUUGAAAGAAGAGAACAUUGUGCACAGCUAUCCCUGUGACUGGAGAACUAAGAAACCUGUGCUGAUUCGAGCCAGCAAGCAGUGGUUUGUAAAUAUCAGUGACAUCAAGGCUGCAGCUAAGGAGUCGUUGAAGACAGUGAAGUUCAUUCCUGGAGCAGCACUGAACAGCAUGACUGACAUGCUGGACAGGCGGCCGUACUGGUGCAUAUCCCGGCAGAGAGCCUGGGGUGUUCCAAUUCCCGUGUUUCACCAUAAGACCAAAGAUGAAUAUUUGAUCAACAGCCAAACCACCGAGCAUAUCAUUAAACUUGUAGAGCAGAGUGGCAGUGAUGUGUGGUGGACCCUCCCCACCGAACAGCUUCUCCCGGCGGAAGUUGUAGCUCAGGCUGGUGGCCCUGAUGCUUUGGAAUACGUGCCAGGGCAGGACAUUUUGGACAUCUGGUUUGACAGUGGAACUUCAUGGUCUUGUGUUCUUCAAGGCACCCAGCAGAGCGCAGACUUGUAUCUGGAGGGGAAGGACCAGCUCGGGGGCUGGUUCCAGUCUUCCUUACUAACAAGUGUGGCUAUAAGGUCAAAAGCACCUUUCAAGACAGUGAUGGUUCAUGGAUUUACGCUUGGAGAAAAAGGAGAAAAGAUGUCCAAGUCUCUCGGCAAUGUCAUUAAUCCCGACACUAUCAUCAGUGGAGGAGAAGACCGCAGCAAAGAGCCUCCUUAUGGAGCUGACAUCCUACGCUGGUGGAUAGCGGAAUCCAACGUCUUCACGGAGGUGACCAUUGGCCCUUCUGUACUCUGUGCUGCCAGAGACGACAUCAGCAAGCUCAGGAACACACUCCGCUUUCUCUUGGGAAAUUUGACCGGUUUUAACCCAGAGACAGACUCUGUCCCUGUGAAGGAUAUGUACGUCAUAGACCAGUAUAUGCUGCAUUUAAUUCAGGAUUUUGCGACAAAGAUUACUGACUCAUACAAACAGUAUGACUUUGGAAAAGUCGUCAGGCUGUUGAAAGCAUUCUACACCAGAGAACUGUCCAGUUUUUACUUCAGCAUAGUCAAGGAUAGGCUCUACUGUGAAAGUGACAAGGAUCCCAAGCGUCGCUCCUGUCAGACAGCAUUGGCAGAAAUUUUGGAUGUGUUGGUCCGUGCUUUUGCCCCCAUUCUUCCUCACUUGGCGGAAGAGGUGUUCCAGCACAUUCCCUAUGUUAAAGAACCCAAGAGUGUUUUUCGCACUGGCUGGAUUAAUACAAGCUCUAUUUGGAAGAAGCCAGGACUGGAGGAGGCAGUGGAGAGUGCAUGUGCCAUGCGGGAUUCCUUUCUUGGCAGCAUCCCUGGCAAAAAUGCUGCCGAGUAUGAGGUCAUCAUAGUGAUCGAGCCAGGACUACUGUUUGAGAUCAUGGAGAUGCUCCAAGCUGAGGAGACCUCUAGCACAUCUCAGCUGAAUGAGCUGAUGAUGGCCUCCCAGACAACAUUGCUGGCUCAGGAGCCACGGGAAAGAACUGCAGAUGACAUUGAGCUUACAGGGACAUUCGUCAUCAAUCUAGAAGGUGGUGACAUUCGUGAGGAGUCUUCAUAUAAAGUCAUUGUUGUACCAACUGCCCGAGAAAAGUGCCCUCGAUGUUGGAAGCAUACCGCUGAGACUGCAGAUGCUCUCUGUCCUCGGUGUGCAGAAGUCAUUGGUGCAAAGUAGCAAUCUGAUGUCACCAGCUCUGAACAAGACGCUCCCCACAGUACUGACUGGCUGAGGAAAUGAACUGUUAGGAAAUUCUCUAUAAAGAAAUAACUCUAGAAAGAGAUGCAAGGCUGCUUAGGUAGGGAGUAGAGGGUAACAGAUGGGGUAAGAAUCAGAACAUUAAAAGAGUAUUUCUUGUAACUACAGAAAGAAUUAUGUAUAUGUAUAUAAAUACACAUGGAAAUAUAUAUGCAGAUAUACCUGUAUACAGGGCAGACACACACACACACAUACAGACCUUUUCAGAGACACUGAAUAUGGUUACUUUCAAUGUGGCAGAAUGUUUUAUAUUUUAUUAAAACUUUUUUGACUCAGUAUUUAAGUUCUAUGAUGUCUGAAAAUAAAGGCAUUCUGGAAAACUCCCA